AUGCAACGACCACUAUUUCUACGAAUUGUAGAUUCUCUCUCAAAUUAUGACACGUAUUUCACUCAGAGGAGAAAUAGUGCUGGAAAGCGUGGUUUAUCGCCAAUUCAAAAGUGUACUGCUGCUAUACGCAUGUUAGCAUAUGGUGUUGCAGCUGAUGCUUGUGACGAAUACGUAAAGAUUGGAGAAACCACUGCAGUAGAGUGUGUCAGCAAGUUUUGUGAAGGUAUUGUGGCCAUAUUUGAGAAUGACUAUUUGAGAAGGCCGAAUGAGGAAGACCUCCAACGACUACUAAAAGUAGGCGAAGAACGCGGUUUUCCGGGAAUGAUUGGAAGUACAUUGAAUGAUAUAAAUGUGCUUGAAAGGCCACCCGUCUUUGAUGACAUUGAGGCAGAUGAAGCUCCGCAUGUGAACUUCACUGUGAAUGGUCAUCAAUACGAUUUGGCAUACUAUCUUGCUGACGGAAUCUAUCCCUAA